AUGGCAAAGAACGACCCAUAUCUGUGUGAAACUUGCAGCUCGAUUGACUUUGAAGCAAUUCUGUUCGAGAAAUUGAGCAAAAACUUCACUCAUGCAAGCAAGUCGAAAGAAGUUGAUCUCGGCUUUCUAGAUGAUCUAAUUCGCCGCUCGCCUUCUUGUCAAUUCUGCGCUCUUGCUCUUGAAGCUGCUACAAGAAUCAACUUUGGGGAAGUACCGCCAACCACAAAGGAGGGCCAACGCGUGAAGUGCUUGAUAAAAGGAGAUUUCUUCUGUUCUUUGUAUGAUGCAAUUCACCGGGGGCAAGCUGGAUGCAGCGUCGAUGUUAAUCGCCUUGUUGUGCACCUUGACCCUCAACCGUAUCCAGAGCUACAGCGUAGGGAGAUUAUGUCUCAGCCGUACGCUGGACUAAUGGCUGGCUCAGAUAAACGCGAUGAUCUCACAGGCUCGGGGCGCCUGGUCGGAGAUCAGGUUGAUGCGAAAACUCUGAAGAAUUGGCUUCGCCAGUGUGAGGAUCGCCAUGGGAAAAAAUGUAGCACUCCACAGUGGUUGGGGAAUGUGAAACAGUCAAACUCUCUGAAGAUUAUAGAUGUGAAGAGAAGGUGUAUUGCUAAUGCGCCACCGAGAUGCCGAUACUUGGCUCUGAGUUAUGUUUGGGGAGCAUGCCAAACCUUCCGAAGUACAACUGCGAAUAUUGCACAGUUUCGAGAGGUAGAUGGAUUUGACAAGGAAAUUGUGCCCAAGACUAUAGCGGAUGCAAUGAAACUGGUAGUGGCACUGGGAGAGCGAUACCUCUGGGUUGAUGCAUUGUGUAUUACCCAAGACGAUGACAUUGAAAAGGCAGAGCAGAUUAUGCAGAUGGACUUGAUCUAUGCUGGGGCACUACUAACCAUAAUAGCUGCUGGUGGUAAGGAUGUUGCAGCAGGCUUGCCAGGGAUAUCGGAAGGAACCAGAAGUGCCAAACAAGGGACCGUACGAAUUAGUGAAAACUGGUCCUUGAUGCAAACUCUCGCGCAGGGCGAUGAUCGCCACCUUCAGCAUUCCACGUGGAACUCGCGCGGUUGGACCUUACAAGAACGACUUCUGUCUCGACGCGCUCUUUUCUUUACCCAGGAUCAGGUGUGUUGGGUGUGCGAGAUGGCGACUUGGAAUGAGGAGACGAUAUUAGAACCUGAGAAACCUCGUUACUGGGUCAUGGCCAAGAGGCUUGGAUGUAAUGAUCAGUGGGACGAUGGAGACCCUAAGUUUACUAUAGAGGCGUUGGGUGACUACAUAACACAGUUCAGUGAUCGACAACUCACAAAUCAGGGCGACGCUUUAUCUAGCUUUUCCGGAAUCCUUCGUCGUGUGGCAUAUCAAGAAAGUGAAGUCUUUCAUUGGGGCUUACCUCACACUCGAUUCGAUCAGGCGCUUACUUGGGAAUAUGGAGAAGAGCGUCGAAAAGACUACUGCAAGGUACAUCAUGUGCCUUUUCCGAGCUGGUCCUGGCUGGGGUGGACAGGAUUCAUCGGCGGGUAUUAUAUCGAUGAUGACUUGCAAAAGAGCACCUUGCGAGGAGCAAGCAGCCCCGAGAUUGUUUUUUAUAAGCUGGGGAUCGAUGGUAGGGUGCAACAGAUUAAAGGAGCUGCAUCAUCGUCGGAGAGCGCUAAUUUGGUUUCGAAAGCUGCUAAGGACCCCUUCGAAGACAUGAGAAGGCGGUGGAAAGGUACUACAAUAGUACCCAGCCCGAUCUCAAUCCGCGCCAAAGGGAACAACUCGUUGGCCAAUAGGUCUCUGCAUGCUUCUCAAUUGGCACCCGAAAUGGAUAAGACAAUGCACGACACGCUCACCAUAAAUCAACCUUUCCAUGAAUCUGGUCGUCUUGUGUUUUGGACAAGUCAUGCUAGUCUCUUAACGCGAAUGGCUAGGUCAAGCAAGAUAUUUGUCGACAUCAACGGCAAGGAUACACUGCUCGACAAGGCAAAUGGCUUUUUCCGCCACAUGAUGGGAACUACUGGUGAUCAAAUACCGCUGGAUUUCAUUGUUGUGUCAAGGCAUUACUGCUUGGGCAAGGAAGUUGGAUCCCUAAAUCUACUAGUAGUUAGGUGGAGUGAGACGGAGCUGAAUGUAACAAGUCGAAUCGGGUCUUGUACAAUCAGUGAAAGCGAUUGGGUUUCUGCCAACCGAGAGUGGAAGUUAGUGAUAUUAGAGUAG